AUGCUGUCGUUUCUGCUAUUUCUCUUCGUUUUUACUGGAAUAAAUUGUGAACCAGAAACUGUGAGAGAAAAUUCAGACUACUUUAGCUACGGCAGCAACGAAGAUAUCCUGAAAAACUUAGAUCUGCAUUUGCCCAAAGAUGAAAUUGUUCUUAGACCACAAGAAGUGAAAGACUGGCCUCAGCAAUCGCUGAACGUUGGACAAAUAACUUCGGUAUCAAUCAAUUCUCUGGGCCAACCUGUUAUAUUCCAUAGAGCUGAAAGAGUUUGGGAUGAGAGCACCUUCAAUGAGUCCAACAUCUACCAGAAUUUAGACAAAGGUCCAAUCAUCGAAGACACGAUCUUAGUUCUUGACCCACACACAGGAUCCGUCUUGCAUAGUUGGGGAGCGUAUGCCUUCUACAUGCCCCAUGGACUUACAGUAGACCAUCACGACAACGUGUGGGUAACUGAUGUCGCUAAACAUCAAGUUUUUAAGUAUACACCAAGUAACCACAAAUACCCCAGCCUAACUAUCGGAGAAGCCUUUACAGCGGGUUACCCCUACAGACGUCGUGUUCUGCUGUGCAUGCCCACAUCAGUCGCAGUCGCCACAACCGGAGAAAUAUUUGUCGCUGACGGAUACUGCAACAACCAGAUACUGAAAUUCAAUGCGGCGGGCAAAUUAUUACUGGCGAUACCGACUUAUUCCGACACCUUGACUUUGAACCUACCGCACAGCAUAACUUUAUUGGAACACUUAGAUAUUGUUUGUGUCGCAGAUAGAGAAAAUAUGAGGAUCGUGUGCCCUAAAGCUGGUUUGAAGAGUUACGUGAAAAUGUUUGAGCCGGCUACUAUUAUUGAGGAUCCUACAUUAGGCAGAGUAUUUGCUGUUGCGUCUCAUGGAGAUAUGAUCUACGCUGUGAAUGGACCGACGUCACAGAAUAUUGCUAUUCGAGGUUUCACUGUAAACGCUGUUAAUGGAAAUAUUUUGGAUACUUGGGAACCGAGUACCGGAUUCACCAACCCCCAUUCGCUGGCUGUGACAAGAAACGGAUCACACUUGUACGUCACUGAAAUCGGUCCCAACAAAAUCUGGAAAUUUGAAUUGACAGACGUAUAUGACAAAAAAUAG